AAUAAACUAGGGUGUCGCCUUGGUGGGUCCAUUCGAAGGCGACGGCGGUCGUCUGUGUUUCGGUUUCAAGUAAUUCGGAAAAUAUAUUCAGGAUAAUAAGGGUGUUUAUUCUCCAAAAAUAUAAUUUCCGAAACCCUUUUACUCUCUUGGACUGCCAAUCCAGAGUGACUGGAAUGAAGCGGUAUGCCAAGAAUUUAAAUUAGCUCGCUUGUAGUUUGAAGAAAGAGUAAGUCGGGUUGAGGGGAGCCAUUUUGUCCCGACUGUGUGGGAGAAAGGAAGAGUGGAAAAAGGGAUAUCUCACAGAAGAGGAAAAUCCAGCUCCCUUUUUAGACAACAGGGCAGGCCAACCGCACAGCUGCGGGUAUCACCGUGAGCUAGCUGGCAAGCUUUCCUCAUCAACACCCUUCACUGAAGUGCUAUGGUAUUGAUUGAAACCUGGUAAGGCGGGCUAGCUAGCUAGAUAUCAACAGGGAUUUUUACAAAUUUAUCAAGCUGUUUGCUCGAUUUGGUAGUGUGGCGAUUGCUGACCUGUUCUCCGACGUGGAUUUUGACAUAGUAACAUUAGUAAAUUUACAAUUUUUAUAUAAAUGGCGAAGAAAACGUACGAUCUGCUAUUCAAGCUUCUCCUGAUCGGAGAUUCUGGUGUAGGGAAGACAUGCGUGCUGUUCCGCUUCUCCGACGACGCGUUCAACACCACCUUCAUCUCCACUAUAGGCAUUGAUUUUAAGAUCAAAACAGUUGAAUUACAAGGAAAGAAGAUCAAGUUACAGAUAUGGGACACGGCGGGUCAGGAGCGGUUCCAUACCAUCACCACCUCCUACUACAGAGGCGCCAUGGGCAUUAUGCUGGUGUACGACAUCAGCAACGCCAAGAGCUUUGAGAACAUCAGCAAGUGGCUGCGGAACAUCGACGAGCAUGCAAAUGAAGACGUUGAGAGAAUGCUGCUAGGCAACAAGUGUGACAUGGAGGACAAGCGGAUCGUACCAAAGGCGAAGGGCGAACAGAUUGCCAGGGAGCAUGGUAUCCGGUUUUUCGAAACGAGUGCAAAAGCGAACAUCAACAUCGAGAAGGCAUUCCUCACGUUAGCAGAAGACAUCCUCAGAAAGACGCCUGUAAAAGAGCCCAACAGUGAAAAUGUGGAUAUCAGCAGUGGAGGUGGUGUCACGGGAUGGAAGAGCAAGUGCUGCAGCUGAACAACCUCACAUAGACUCACAUGCGCACACGCACAAGCGCACACACACAAAUAAACACACACACACAAAUAAACACACACACACAACAUAGGCGCGCACUCACUGACAUUCACAUGCACCACACACACACACACACACACACUCUUUCUAUCUCUUCUCUCUCAUUCACUUUUCUCACUUCCCUCUAACACCUCUCCCCCAAAUCCUCUGCUCUCAUUUGUUUAUCUGCUUACUCACCUGCGCUCUCUCUCUCUCUCUCUCUCUCUCUCUCACUCUGUCUCUCCAUCUCUCUCUGUGUCAUUCUCUCUUUCUCUGGAAAUAAACCACUUCUCUAACACCCCUCCUGCUCUUCUCAUGACUGCUCGCUGACGAUCUGAUUUUUAUUCCUCAAAUGGAAAGGCUGUGUAGAUAAAAAAAGAGGAAUCAUGUCAUGUUCCUUGUCUUUUAUUUUAAACCAUCAAAUAAGAAAGAAAGAAAAAAAAGACUCACUACUCACCACUACAUUUUUUGUUUUUGUUUGUUUGUUUAUUUGUUAGUGUGUGUGUGUGUGUGUCAGCGAGAGUAUGCGCUUUUUCUUCUUGUUUUGUAUUAAAAGCGAGACUCCUGCCAAGGACUCCCCCUAAGGACCCCCCCCUAAAAAUAGUAUGACACAGAGGUUAUGAAAUGAUAUUAAUGACGAUUAGUAGGAUUUAACACAUUGGUUACUUUUGUACAGUAGUGGAGUUUGCGUUGAGCUGUAGGUGAAAUUCGGGGGUGCCUCUGUCCUUCCCCCUCCAGUUGGGGUCUCUUUCGUCUGGUGCCUUACAGGGAGCCCCCCCCCCCCCCCCCCCAUCAAAAAAUACACCCACCCAUCCCAAGCCCGAACCCCCAAACCCAUCCACCCACGGGGGUGUCCAACCCCCCACCCCACCCUCACCCCACCUUUCACCUUCUUUCCUGUAACACAAACACACACCCCACUUAACACCCAUCCAGGACUCCUGUUCUGGAGCACACUGCAACGGCGCAGAAGCGUUUGAAUUUCUCCCGCUCCACCUAAGAGAAUGGCAUUAUAAUUAUAAUUGAGUACUCCUUAUUAAUCUGUAUUUUUUGUUUUUUAUCUUUUUUUCUUUGUUUUGGUUCUGAAUUUAUUGACAUGAACCUUUUUUUGUGUGUUUUGUUUAUUUUUGUUUAGUUUUUUUCCCCUUAUUUUAUUUUACCCUGCAUGCUCAAUUGUCUUUUGGUCGGAGACCUUUUGUAAGUUUGCUUGGUCGGUUCUCUUGACAGGGAUGGCACCUACUUUGCAAACGUUUUAAAAUGAAGAGAGAGAGAGAUCUCUGAUAUGGGAAUGGGGAUUCAUGGGAGAAAGGGGGGGGAGGGCAUUCUCUUUGGAAAUUCAAACGAUUUUGCAGAUCCAUUAAAAAUAAGCUUGUUUAAGUUAAAAAA